AUGAAACCCUACCCGGCUUUGAGCUUCCUCACUCUCACUCGGUCACUCACUCCCUCGGUCCCUCCCAGGCUCCCACUCAACACAGAGCUUCAGCUUCUCCAGUCUCCACUCUCCACCCUCUCCACCCAUAGUCACUCUCACUCACACCCGCAGUCACCGUCCUCACCCUUCACGAUCGCACUUCCGUCGACCUCACCCCUCAAGCUCGCACUUCGGAGUUCCGUCCUCACCCCUCACGCUCGCAGAGUCGCAGUCACCGUCGCUCUUCGGUCCUCCUGGGUUCUAGCCACCGCUGCUGCUCCGUCUAGCCGUCGUCGCUGCUGGUCUCGGUCCUGGGCUCCUGGGUCCUGUCCUCUCGCUCUCUGGCCUCUGGGUAUGCUCGUCGGUCCUCUCGCUCUCUGGGUCUCCUUGUCUGUCUUCAUCGCCGCUGCUCCUCGUCUCCUCUGUCCUGGUCCUCUGCUCAUCACCACUGUCAUAUCAGAUUUCUGAUUGAAUUACGGUUGGACCGAUUGGACAAAUAAAUCAGUGAACCAGUGACUAGAGCGAUUCGAUGACUGGUUCGGUUCUCAGAACCUUGGAUAAUUUAGAAAACCAUAAAAUCCGAUCGAGAGCCCAUUUUAUUCUGAGGUUGGUGUCACUGAAUUGAAAUUAUUUUCAGUUAAAAAGGUUUCUCAUGUUAACUAAUUAAAAAAAAUAAACAAUAAAAAAUAUUUCGAUUAGACUCUCAAUUGAUUCAAACAUAAAUCUUCAAUCUCCUUUAUGUAUAGAGUGCAUUCUUUAAAUUGGAUAUUUAAAACUUUAUUAUUAAUAUUUAGUAAGGUCGUGACAUCAGACAAUAGCUGUUCUUUUUUAUUUUUGUCUAGCUCUUUCAUCUCAGUUAGAAUCUCACGUCUUUGUCCAUUAUAUAUUUGAA